UUUCUUUAUUUUCAAUGAUAUUGUGACUGAAAGUAAAUUAUAAAAUUAAAAAUACUUAAGUAAAACCAUUAGAAAGUCCAUGAUAUCACCAUGUCAUUAAACAUGUUAGUUAGGUUAUCGUACCUAUCCUUGGCAUUUUCUGAAUUUGAUCAUUUAAUUGUAAAGAAAUUCAACCCGGUUACUCGUUUUAAGAGCAAAAUGCAGCCUGUCAGUAAAGAAACCUUGUAAAAAAAAAAAAAAUGAGAUUGUUGCCUGAGAUGGGACAUUUUUGAAUGGUUAAAUGCACAUUUCUUAGAUUCAGUCUUUAAAAUGAUUUAAAAUAAAGUUUAGUUUAUUUCCAGAAAAAAAUGGAUGCAUUCUACAACAAGAAAACAAUCUAGAGCAGAAGGCAAAAUCAACAACAUUAUGGCGUCAAAAUUUUGGAUUUUAUUACAGUUAUAGGCAAAGUGUGGACAUACAAGUUUUUAGAGGAUAUAUACUGCUCCCAUUGUAAGCGAUGUAGACUUUGCAGGGAGUAGGGCACAGUCACAAUUUCUUCAGAAUGGAGCGCAGCCCGGAUGUCCAUAGGCAACGAAGGUCAAAUUUCCAGGCCUCUAUUGUGGAGGAUGUAAGGUGAUAGACCUUCAGUCUUCCAUUUUCUUUCUCACCCAAACUGAUCUCCAGUCAGACAUCCACACACAUGUUUUAGUCUUAAAGGGAAUGAAGUGAGCAUCAGACCUGAUCUCGGAGCAGAGCGACUAACAGAGACAAGAGCAUUUGCAGCCUCAUUGCUGUAACAUGAGCUGGCUUUUCACCUGCUUUAGAAAGCUGAUACAUAAGACAGCAGACAUGUGUUACUCUCUUGCCAGCUGAUAUUGGAUCAGGUUUUAUGAGUCUUUUUUCCUAACCAUGGUGAUUACAAGAAGAGCAGUGGGUUUGGUUCUAUUCCAGUUUAAUGUUAAAUUCAUGUAAGCAUAAUGUAGCUCAUGGAAACAAGCAGAAACAAAAAGUAAUAAAGCAUUACUCUGCUUUCAAUCAAGCCAAACUAUAACAGACUCAAAUCUGUGUUUGUGUGUACGUGAGUGUGUACGCGCUCAUGUGUGUAAGGUGUAGGUGCACGAUGACAGGUGGGCUUUAAAUAUUAAAGAGUGAGGAAGCACACAGUUUGUCCUCUAUGCUAAAGACUCUAAAGUGGUUCGAACAGACAAUAACGACAGAGCCAGACAAAAUAAUAGUGACUUCAGUGAGGGUGUAGGUGAGCAUUCGUAUGUAUACAGACGAUCAUGAUCAAGCUGUGAAAUGACGUGAUGGGGACUCAUGAGGAAAGCAAGAUAAGAUGUUUGAUAGUGGAAUCUAAGCUUGUGUCCAUGCUGACAUGCACGGCUCUGUGACACCGGCACUGGAAAUACAAACAGUCUUUACAUCCUGAGAGCAGGAUGAUGGAGGACGUAGUCGCCGUGUCAGAGGCUCCAGCUGGGGAUGAUGAGGUCGCAGCAGCCCAGUCCUCUAGAGACAGUCGAAAACUUGACUGCAUUAUCUGUUACAGCGCCUACAACCUGGUAGAGAGGCUUCCGCGGAAGCUCUACUGCGGCCAUACGUUCUGUCAGGACUGCCUGAGACGACUGGAUACAGUCAUCAACGAGCAGUUGUGGAUCCCUUGUCCUCAGUGUCGUCAGAACACUCCUGUACCUCGAGGAGGUGCCGUUGGGCUGGACCUGGACUUGGCUGCGUUUUUGGGUGUCAAAGCUGAGGUGGAGAACCAGAGAAGCAGCCCGCAGAAAGCCCCUCUGGAGACCAAGCUGUCCUUUGUUAAGCAGCCAAUCACAGAUCAGCCUCCGUCUGCUUGGCCCAACAUGGCUCUGACCGAGCCGCGCUUCCACACGAGCCCCUGCUGUAGACACUGCCGGUUCUGCUGCUGGUGGUGUUAGAACCACAAGAAGAUACGUGCACACAAUUGCAGUUCUUUAAAACUUAUGAAAAGACAUCCUAAAUGGAAACUGGGUUUCUCAUCACUGAAACAACUUGAAUAAUAUUAGUCAUGUGUUGGGAGAACACAUGAGGGCAAGGAGGAAAAGUCAAAUCAGACAUGAUUUCAUGUUACAAUUGUUUUUGAAAGAAAUUGCAUUUGGUGAAAGAAAAAUGUACAAAGAAGCUAAAGAAAUAUUUAAUGUAUUUAAAUGAUUAUUUAUUAUACUUCAAUGUAAUGAAAAAUUAAAUUAUUUUUAAAUACUAAUUUUGAAUAGGCAGCCAGAACUUUGAAACAGUACGUUCUUAUGGGGAAAAAAAGUUAAAUCUAGAAUCCUUAAGGAUUUUUUUCAGUUUGUGCUUGUGUUUCCUUUUAAGAGAAGGCUUAGUGUAGAAACCCUUUAGGAAGCUAAGAACUCUUAAUUAUCCAAAGAACUGCUGUGGGAACUCUUUUACUCAAAGAGUUUAAUUAUCAGUUCUAAACUGUUCUGUAAG